UUGUUUGCAAACCUGCUGAAAACCAAAAAUCCCUAAAUUGCUACGUGUUUCGUGUCGUGUUUUUUUAUGUUCGAUAAAUGUCAAUAUUGGUUUUGUGGAAUGUGUUUUUUAAUCCAAAAAAAUUACUUAAGUGAUUUUAUAGAUUACUGUAUGACCUAACUUAUAAAUUUCCAAAGAGAAACAUAACCUCAAAAGACACGUCAGCUAGCUGGGGAUUUUAACCAGUUUUCAAAAUGUUGACCAAAUUUGAAACAAAAUCAGCCCGUGUAAAGGGCCUAUCAUUUCAUUCGAAACGUCCUUGGAUAUUGGCAAGCUUGCAUAAUGGAUCCAUUCAACUUUGGGAUUACCGUAUGUGUACUUUACUUGAAAAAUUCGACGAACACGAUGGACCUGUCCGAGGCAUUUGUUUUCAUAAUCAGCAGCCAUUGUUCGUCUCUGGUGGUGACGAUUAUAAAAUCAAAGUGUGGAAUUACAAACAAAAACGAUGCAUUUUCACCCUUCUCGGUCACCUCGAUUACAUUCGUACUACAAUGUUCCAUCAUGAGUACCCUUGGAUUGUCUCGGCUUCCGACGAUCAAACAAUUCGCAUAUGGAAUUGGCAAAGUCGGACUUGCAUUUGCGUCCUCACCGGACACAAUCACUACGUCAUGUGUGCGCAAUUCCACCCUUCUGAAGACCUACUUGUUUCCGCUUCUCUCGACUCGACUGUCCGCGUUUGGGACAUUUCUGGAUUGCGGAAAAAGAAUGUUGCUCCUGGACCCGGAGGUUUGGAGGACCAUUUAAAAAAUCCCGGUAGUACCGACUUGUUUGGGCAAGCUGAUGCCGUUGUCAAACAUGUCCUCGAAGGGCAUGAUCGCGGAGUAAAUUGGGCAUGUUUCCACCCUACUUUACCACUCAUUGUUUCCGGGGCUGAUGACCGCCAAAUUAAAUUAUGGAGAAUGAAUGAUUCCAAAGCUUGGGAGGUUGAUACAUGCCGUGGCCAUUACAAUAACGUUUCGUGCGUUUUAUUCCAUCCUCGUCAGGAACUUCUUCUGUCAAACAGUGAGGAUAAAAGCAUCCGGAUUUGGGAUAUGGCCAAGCGCAACUAUUUGCAUACAUUCCGAAGGGAACAUGACCGGUUCUGGGUAUUGACAGCUCAUCCCAAUUUAAAUUUAUUUGCGGCCGGUCAUGAUACAGGCAUGAUCAUUUUCAAACUAGAGCGUGAAAGACCGGCAUACACCGUACAUAGAAACUUCCUCUACUACGUUAAAGACCGCCAUUUACGCAAACUUGAUUUCAAUACGUCGAAAGACGUUCCUGUACUUCAGAUUAGAGGUGGCGGCAAGACUCCUGUUUUUAGAAUGUCAUUCAACCCGGCCGAAAAUGCCGUCUUGUUAUCAAUACGGUCUUCGAAUUUGGAUAACAGCACUUACGACUUGUAUACGAUCGCGAAAGAGUCGGACCGUGAUGAUCAAGUCCCGGAAGCCGAAAGCAAAAGAUCAUCAGGAUUGACAGCGAUUUGGGUCGCCCGAAAUCGGUUUGCCGUCUUGGACAGGUCACAUCAACUUGUCAUCAAAAAUUUGAAAAAUGAGGUCCACAAAAAGGUGCAAACGCCACCGUGUGAUGAGAUUUUUUAUGCUGGGACUGGAAUGCUACUACUGAGAGAUCCGGAACAUCUGACUUUGUUUGAUGUUCAAAGGAAACGGACUCAAGAUCAAGUUAAAAUCAACAAAUGCCGCUAUGUUGUUUGGUCUCACGAUAUGAAUUUCAUCGCACUAUUGGCUAAACAUACAGUUACUAUUUGUAACCGAAAGUUGGAAGUAUUGUGCUCCCUGCACGAAAAUACAAGAGUCAAGUCAGGGGCUUGGGAUGAUUCGGGUGUUUUUAUUUACACCACUAGCAAUCAUAUUAAAUACACUUUGAUCCAUGGGGACCAUGGGAUCAUUCGUACUCUCGACUUGCCUAUUUACAUCACUCGAGUUAAAGGAAAGCAUGUUUUUUGCUUGGACCGUGAAUGCAAGCCUCGUGUCCUAACAAUUGAUCCAACAGAAUACAAGUUUAAAUUAUCACUGAUUCACCACCGCUACGACGAAGUCUUAUUCAUGGUCAAAAACUCGCGUUUGGUUGGUCAAGCAAUAAUUUCGUAUUUGCAACAAAAGGGUUACCCUGAAGUGGCCUUGCACUUUGUCAAAGAUGACAAAACUCGUUUCACUUUAGCUCUUGAAUGCGGUAACAUUGAGAUAGCACUAGACGCGGCUAAAGCUUUAAACGAUAAACUUUGCUGGGAGCAGUUGGCACAAACCGCUUUGUGGCACGGUAACCACCAAGUGGUUGAAAUGUGCUAUCAACGAACCAAGAGCUUUGAGAAAUUGUCAUUUCUUUAUUUGAUCACCGGAAAUUUGGAAAAGUUGCGCAAAAUGACGAAAAUUGCUGAGAUUCGCAAAGCGCGCUCUUCGCAGUAUCAUGGCGCUUUGUUACUUGGUGAUGUUGAGGAAAGAAUAAGAGUUUUGAAGCAGUCAAACCUGACGUCUUUAGCGUAUUUAACUGCUGCAACUCACGGCUACGAGGAAGAAGCUGAAGAGUUAAAAAUUUUGAUCGGAAAUGAGAAAAAAGUGCCCGAUGUGGACCCCAAUGCAAAAUUCUUCAUUCCUCCACCUCCAAUUCAACAAGCUGAGAGUAAUUGGCCGCUGUUGACAGUCAGUCGUAGCUUCUUCGAGACUAACGCAAUGGUCCAAGCCAGUUCGAAUAUAAAAAGUUUGAUGGUUGAACCUUCCACUGAGGCUUUGGAUGAGGAGGUCGGUGGUUGGGGUGACGACGAUGAGGAGAUUGACGUGGACAACGAACGUAAGUCUGACGAUGCGGCUCCAGCCGAUGGUGAAGGUGGUUGGGAUGUUGAAGACGCCGAUUUGGAAAUUCCUGAUUUGGGGCCGUCGCAAACGCAACAGUCAGCUGAAAGUUUCGUUCAUUUGCCUACUCAAGGGCCUAACCCGACACUUGCAUGGACGAAAAAUUCACAACUUGCGGCCGAUCAUGUCAUGGCUGGAUCAUUUGAAUCGGCUUGUCGGCUGCUUCAUGACCAAUUAGGAAUUGUCAAUUUUGAACCGUAUGAAAGUAUUUUCAUGUCGUUGUAUAGCGGAUCUAGAACUAGCACAACGUGGCAACCAAACUUGCCAUCCAACUUUACGUAUCCUUUGCGCAAUUGGAAGGAUGCAGGUCUGAAAGGAGGGCUUCCGCUUACAGGUGUCAAACUGAACGAUUUGGUUUUGCAAUUACAGGAUUGUUAUCAACUCACCACUGGUGCGAAAUUUAGCGAUGCGAUAGAAAAGUUUCGAAAUUUGCUCCUCUUGAUUUCGCUGCUGAUCUUAGAUACGAAACAAGAAGUCUCUGAAGCUGAACAACUAUUGCGCCUUUGUAGAGAAUACAUUUGCGGUUUGCAAAUGGAAUCACUACGCAAAACCUUGCCAAAAAAUACAGUUGAAGAGCAGAAGCGUCAAUGCGAAAUGGCCGCUUACUUCACUCAUUGUAACUUGCAACGAAUCCACCAAAUUCUAACUCUUCGGACUGCUCUAAAUAUGUUUGUUAAAUUAAAAAAUUACAAAACGGCAGCAUCUUUCGCGAGAAGAUUACUUGAAUUAGGUCCAAAAGCAGAAGUGGCAUCACAAACCAGAAAAAUAUUGCAGGUUUGUGAGUCAAAUUUGACGGAUGAGUUGCAGUUGCAUUACGAUGAACAUAAUCCCUUUAAUCUAUGCGGUUAUUCAUAUACUCCGAUUUAUCGAGGCAAAGCCGAGGAAAAAUGUUCGUUUUGUGGCACUUCGUAUCUCCCCAAGUACAAAGGCGCCAUGUGUUGCAUUUGUACAGUGGCCGAGAUUGGGAAAGAUAGUAUUGGACUUAGGAUUAGUGUUCACCAGUUUAGAUAAAUGUUCCAUAGUUAUCUAUAUGUUUAAAAUAUUAUGCUUUGCAUUUAAAUAAAAGUCGUUUCAAAUGUCA